ACCUGUGUUUCACCCAAAGCCCCUCACACAGCUCCAUUACUGCAGGAUCACAGCAUGUGGCUCUCACUGCUGGCCCUGUUGACCCUCUGCGCCGCGGGCAAGGCGGCCGAGAACACGUCCGAGACUCCAGUCGGGCAGGAAAAACUCAUUAUAGCCAGAGGUAAACUGCUGGCCCCCAGUCUGGUAGGAUGAUCCAUAAAGAAGAUGCCCGAGCUCUACAACUUCCUGAUGGAGCGCUGGGCCCUGUAUCAUAAUCUGGAGUACGAUUCAGGAGAAGAGAAAAAGCCCCGUCUUAUCUUCUACAAUGACAAGGAUGAGGUGGUGAAGACAGUUUCAGUGAAGAAGAUGACGGCAGACGAGAUCAGUAAUCUCCUGGACUCUCUGGGUUUCUAUAAAAGGUCAAAAAAAGGCGAGGAAGUCCCUGAAGAAUUUAAGAACUUCCCUCUGAAAGCACCACGGGAUGAACUGUGACCCCUGCUGGUCGACUGCUGUAACUGCACUCAGCACAAUAAUGACGCCCAGGACCUCAAGGCCUUGAUAAAGGGUCAGGCUCUGGGCCGAGACACUGACGGCUUGGUGCAGAUCAUUACUUCAGCAUCUGAUUAACUUUACAAUAAACGUUUUGGAAGUCA